GUGGGAAACACUCUGGCCCCUCAAGAUGCAUACAAACGGCCUAUACACGGCACUUCUGUGCUCCCUGGCUGCUUCGGCCCAGGCUCUUGUCCAUGAAAAGCUGGCAGCGGUCCCCGCUAGCUGGACUCAUCUUGAGGAUGCCGCUCAUGGCAACACCAUCAGCCUGUCCAUUGCGCUGAACCGCCAGAAUCUGGACAAGCUGGAAGCCAAGCUCGCGGCUCUUGCCACCCCGGGCGAAGCCCAGUACGGUCAAUGGCUGGACCUGGAGGACAUCAACAAGGAGUUCCCCGUGGCCAGCGCCGACGCCGUGAUCAGCUGGUUGCGCAGCGCCAACAUCACACAGAUCUCGCAGGACGGCAGCUUGGUCAACUUCGCUGCGCCCGUGGGCACGGUGAACAAGCUCCUCAACACCACCUUCGCGUACUACCAGAGCGGCUCUUCCACGAAGUUGCGUACCACCCAAUACUCCAUCCCGGAGGACCUGGCCGAGACGAUCGACCUGAUCUCUCCGACGACCUAUUUCGGCAAGGACAACACCAAGGCCGAGCUGUCGAAGCUGCCGCAGCAGCUCCCGCGCCACACGAAGCGGAGCUCCAACUCUUCCUGCGCCGAGGUCAUCACCCUCUCGUGCCUGAAAGAGAUGUACAACUUCGGCAGUUACACGCCCAGCGCCUCGUCAGGAAGCAGGAUCGGCUUCGGUAACUUCCUGAACGAAUCCGCCUCGUACGCCGAUCUCGCCGCAUACGAGAAAUUGAACCGUCUUCCCUACCAGGAGUUCGACGUCGAGCUGAUCAACGGCGGCACCAACGACCAGAACGCUACCACUGAGAGUCUGGGCGAGGCCGACCUGGACGUCGAGCUGAUCGUCGGGGUUUCCCACCCUCUUCCGGUGACUGCUUUCAUCACCGGCGGGCUUGCUCCCUUCAUCCCCGACCCCGACGAGCCCACUGAGGCGGAUGACUCGAACGAGCCCUACCUCCCGUACUACGAGUACCUCCUGUCGAAGCCCAACUCGGCGCUUCCCCAGGUCAUCUCCAACAGUUACGGCGAUGACGAGCAGACCGUGCCCGAGUACUAUGCCAGGCGCGUCUGCAACAUGAUCGGACUGAUGGGUCUCCGUGGCAUCAGCAUCAUCGAAUCCUCAGGUGACGAAGGCAUCGGCUCGGCCUGCCGCGCUGGAGACGGCAGCAACCGCCCACAAUUCCAGCCGACCUUCCCAGCGACCUGCCCCUACGUGACAGCCGUGGGCGGGACGCAGUCAUACGGACCCGAGAUCGCGUGGACAGGCAGCUCGGGCGGGUUCAGCAACUACUUCGAGCAGGCGUGGUUCCAGAAGGACGCGGUCACCAAGUACCUGGACCACCACAUCGCCAAGGACACCAAGAAGUACUACUCGCAGUACACCGACUUCCAGGGCCGCGGGUUCCCGGACGUGUCCGCUCACAGCUACGACCCUCCCUACGAGGUCAUCUAUUACAACAAGACCGCCGGCUCCGGCGGUACCUCCGCCGCGGCGCCCGUCUUCGCUGCGCUGGUUGGUCUCCUUAAUGACGCCCGUCUGCGCGCUGGCAAGCCAGCUCUGGGUUAUCUUAAUCCGCUGCUGUACAGUAAGGACGUGCGCAAGAGGUUCACUGAUGUCACGCUGGGCCAGUCCGUCGGCUGCGACGGCGUGGAUCCGCAGAAUGGUAAGACUGUUCCGGGCGCCGGGAUCAUCCCCUGGGCGUUCUGGAAUGCGACGGUCGGCUGGGAUCCGGUGACCGGGUUGGGGUUGCCGGACUUUGAGAAGUUGAAGGAGGUGGUUUUGAAGUAUUAG